AUGAAGUUUCUGACUCCCCUUGCCGUCCAAUUGGCAGCCCUUGCCUCUAUGGCCAGCGCAACCGUGCCAGGAUUCGACAUUUCCCACUACCAAGCCACCGUUGACUUUGCCAAAGCCUAUGCCGAUGGUGCACGCUUUGUGAUCAUCAAGGCUACUGAGGGCACCACCUACACUGACCCCAGCUUCAGCGAUCACUAUACCAAGGCGACCAAUGCCGGCUUCAUCCGGGGUGGUUACCACUUUGCCCAGCCCGCCUCCUCUUCCGGUGCUGCCCAAGCCAACUACUUUCUCAAACACGGAGGCGGCUGGUCAGCGGACGGCAUCACACUUCCUGGUAUGCUGGAUCUUGAGUAUGCUCCCAGCGGCGACAGCUGCUAUGGCUUGAGCGCGAGUGCCAUGGUCAGCUGGAUCAACGACUUUGUCAACACUUACCACGCUGCUACGACCCAGUAUCCUCUCAUUUACACCUCCACAAGCUGGUGGCAACUCUGUACUGGGAACAAUGGCUCGUUUGGUAGCAAAUCGCCUCUUGUUAUCGCGCGGUAUGCUAGCUCUGUUGGGGCGCUGCCCAAUGGCUGGAGCGUUUAUACAAUCUGGCAGAACAGUGAUGCCUCUCCCUGGGGUGGCGAUAAUGAUAUCUUCAACGGAAAUCUCGCACAACUGCAGAAGAUUGCCCGCGGAAGUUAG